UGCCUACAGACAAGGAAUUCAUUCGAUCAACAUGCUCAAACUCGAGUUCGUGCCGGCCGCCGGUGACAAGCUCAUGCUCAAGCUCUCUCCUCCGCCGCCGCUUGCUGACAAGCAGGCGUCUCUGGCGGACAACACGACCGUCGACCCUGGCGGAGGCAGCGGCAACGUCCCGUCUGAGAGCGAGCCCAGCCCGCUCAAGGACGGCAUUGACGAGGGCGGCGGCAACGUCGAAGGCGAGUUAUCGCCGAUGACGUCCUCCGCGAAGGUCGGAAUCGUGCCGGCUGACGACGGCCGCAUCACGCUCGUCAUCUCCGCGUCGGUGUCGCCUUCGCUCCUUGGAGCCAAGGCGUGCGGCGUCAAGAGCGUCAAGGACAUCUCCGUGGCAAAGACUGGCACGGAGGGCGUCCCCAAGAAGGACCCGGCCGCGGAAAAGGCGCCCGACGCGGGCGCGGUCGACUCGGACAAGGCCAAGGCCAUGUUCGGCGCCCACGCGCCGCGCCAGACCGCCGUUUUCUGGUCCAAGUUUACGCGCCCGACCGGCCCACCGACGGUCCCCAUCGGCGCCGUCGAGGGCGCCCUCAAGAAGGACAUCCCUGCGGCAGAGUCUGGCGCGGAGGCCACCGUUGACGAGACCGGCGCCAUCAAGAACCCGGCGCUCAAGCCGGCCACCGAGGUCGCCACGGCCCUCAAGCCGGCGGCGGUUUGCGGCGAGACGCUGCCGUCGAUCAAGG